AUGACAACUGAGUUUCAUCUUUUCUCUGCUCUCCCAACUGAGCUCAGGCAAGAAAUUUGGAACCUGGCUAUUUCUAUUCGCCCAAAACCCGCAGGAGUUCGCGUCUUCCGAGUAUUCGAUGCUUCUCAAGAACCUUCUAUUCGGCUCCAGGACAUCCCGGACUACAAACCCCACAAAGUGCACACCCUGGCUCUGGGUACACCUUUGCCAGACAAAGACUUCGUCAGUAUCACCGGAGAGAGCAUCAGCGAUAUAUCAACACAAGUUCACGAUCCGGAGCUGUGGAAUACUUGCCAAGAAUCGAGGUUGAUGAUGAAGAAAGCCUUUGUGUCACUCGAGGGAUAUAACUUUGACUCGAUGGGGUACUGUCUUUCUGGUAGUGCCCCCUUCUAUGUCACGUUGACAGACCAAGGCCAUAAUCUCUUUAUCUUACGACCGGACAGCGUGGAUUUCGAUUUAGAAGACGUGUUUGGAGCAUUCAGUAAAACUGAAUUGGCAUUCGGCAUUGAGUAUAGGCCCGAAUGGGGAUCGCAACUUUAUGCCGAGGAACAAGGUGGUGAAAUGUGUCUAGCGGCAAGACAGAUUGCAGAUCUUGGCAGUGAUCUUGAUGUUGGAUAUGUAUACCUUGUAGAUUAUAAUCUGAAACUCAAGACCGAUGCUUCUUGUAAGCGCAAACCUCAUGAUCUUCGUACGCGCUACUACGCACGAGACAGGAAGCUUGUCGAGAUGCAUUUGGGCCACGAAAACGAACGGGACAACUGGGAGUACAUCAACCCAAUUCCAGACGGAGACUACCGCAAGUCAUCUUUCUAUUUUGCCGAGAGUAUGAUGGAGGCUUUUGAUGAAGCGGAGUGGAAAAUUACUGACGGACAUGGCGGCAUUCGCACGCCUGGGUUCGGCCUUCUAGGAUGGGACGAAUUUUGA